AUGAAGUACACGCUUGUCUCGGUACCAGCUCUUGGCCAGAAGCAAAAUACUCUCUUGAAUAUCACCAACAAACUCAAGCCUCUUGCCGAGAUUCAUCCUUUUGCCAUUCCCGACUUUAAGAUUGGUACUCUGGAUGCACUUGUCCUACUAUCAGAUGAGCUCGUCAGACACGACACAGCAUUUGAACAAUCGGUCAACAAGACAGCUGACGUCUUGAGCAACCUUGUACGUGGCCAACCCGAUGCCCUUGUUCAGGACUUUUUGCUUGUGAACGAUAAGACCGUGGACCAGUAUUUGAACUCUUUCCAAUGGAAUAGCAUGAAAUACCGCACCGACAAGUCGCUACAAGAAACUACCCAGACCCUUGUGCAGGAAAUGAACUCGAUGGAUAACCUGAUCAAGAACAAAUUGAAUGUCUAUACCCAAAAUCGCAACACGCUGCAAACACUCCACCGCAAACAAACUGGCAACUACUCGGUCAGGAAUCUCAAUGGCGUCGUGAAAAAGGAGCAUUGCGUCCUCAACUCGGAAUACUUGACAACUCUCUUUGUAGCCGUUCCCAAGACGGCUUACAAGCAAUGGCUCAAUUCUUACGAGACCUUGACAUCCAUGAUUGUUCCUCGUUCAUCUGUCAAGGUGGCCGAGGAUAACGAAUAUGGCCUAUUCUCAGUGACGUUGUUCCAAAGAGUGGUUGAUGAAUUCACACACAAGGCACGAGAAGAAAAGUUUGUGGUGAGAGAUUUCCAGUUUGACGAAGAUGCUUUGCGUAAGCAGCAACAAGAGCUCCAAGAGACUGAGGAAAUUGAGCGUGAGCAGCUGACUGAAUUGAUUCGCUUGGCAAGAACCAACUUUGGUGAAAUGUUUUCGGCUUGGGCUCACUUGAAAGCUAUCCGUAUCUUUGUGGAAUCAGUAUUGCGUUAUGGUUUGCCACCCGAUUUCCUCUCCGUGACCAUUGCCGCCGAACCCAAGUUUGAGGAAAAGGUGGAUCAAAUCUUAGUAGAUCAAUACGGCCAUUUGGGUGGCGUGCACGGCUUUGACAAGCAAAAGCAGGCGGAUACAACCGAGGAAUUGCUCGACCAUGAUCUGCAGACUGUCAACAGCGCAACUUACAGACCCUAUGUCCAAUUUCACCUGGAAUUCGAUCUAGAGCGUAGAUAA